AUGAGUGUGGCAAACGUGAUGGCACAACCUACGGCCGCUGGGACAGCCAUGGCCACGAAUGCGAACAAGAUGACUCGAGCUGUGAAGUCUCAAUGGGAUAAGCGAUCGCAGCAGAAUCGAGACAAAGCACCCGAGCAGAACGUGGACUCUCAAAUCGAUGAUGUCUUCCUUGUUCUGGCAUUACUCGGUGAGGCUCUCUUGCCGCUAGGAGUCUUCGACGAAGCGCAAUACUCGAGCACCUUAGCAGAUGUCCACUCCGCAAUCGCAAGUUCAGGUCUUCCGGCAAUGGCAGACAUGUUCAAGAAGCUCCCCACGGAGUUGCAGUAUCUGUGUACAGCAGGGCUCACUAUGUGCGCAGUGUUCGCACCCAUGCAUGUAUACCGUGGCUUUGGCGCAUGCGUUUACAGCGAAUGGGACUGGGGAUGCCCCGACCUGAAGUAUCUGGAGAAGAAAGUCAAGAAGGAGACCAGCAUGUUCUCGAAGAUGCCGGACCCUCAGCCAAAUAAGCAAGUCCUGCUGGCCUUCGAUCGUGUGGCACAAGUCUUGCAGGUCAAAAGCAUGUCAUUUCUUACCUCAAGGCCCUCAAUCUCUGGAUUUGCAGAAGCCCAGCCACGAUACGGACCACGCUCUGACAAGGAGGUAAAGGAUAGCCUAGAUCUGUGCGAGGACCUAGGCAAGAAUCUGGACAAGCGCGGUCAUCCUUCGCCACCAGGGACAAAGAUUGUUAGCUGGGGCAUACCUUGGGCCGGUUGGACUAGCACAUUCAGCUGUCAGCUAACUAAAGACUGGGAAUUGGUACUGCUUAACCAGAUGGAUCCAGGCCGUCUACUGCAUGCUUUCCUCUGUAGAGGUAGCCUUACCCUAGAUGAAGGACAACUCCUUACGCUCCCGCCAGGUUCGCCGGCCGAGAGUCUUGCUUGCUGGCUUGCAGGGCUGCCCACCAUGCGGCAUAAGAUCAUCACCUGGGACUCCUUCGAAACAGCUUACUUCGAAAAGAAGGUCGGCAAGAGAAUGACUGCUAAGCUAGGUCAAUAUCCUCUUCCUAACAAGUUUGUGAUCCGAGAUGCGGUUGCUGUCGUAAGACCAAUAUCGCCGCCUGGUCAAAUCACGACAUCACUCCUGCACAGGACAGUGUCGCCGCCUCCUUACUCUCCAGCUCGCGAUGCCAGGGAUCCUACGUCACCUGCCGACUGGUCCUCGGUUGCAGAGUUGUCCAAUGCGAGUACGGACACAUUAGAGCUCGGCGACAGGGAUGCUGCAGAGUUGGAGCACCGCGAUGUCAAGCCAGAGAUCGACAGUAGACCAGUGACUGGUGGCGCAUCUUCAUUUCCAGCAACGCCGGCGUCUUCAUCUGCAAAUGUGAUACAGAAGUCGACAACAGUCCCAGCUCGUAAGCCAACGCCAAGUGCGGUGUCUGAACAUCCUACAGUAACACUGCCAGUCAGAGCGCAGACCGAAGUACUCAGGAGCAAAGACCACAUACGAGAGGACAGAAGCGAUUCCGCGCCACCGCCCUUGCCACCAAAGGUUCUCAACGAUCAUGACCCGGUGCCCGUCCUGUACUCGCCUGCUGGCCGGUCUGUCGAAGCUUCCGCCUUCGACAGUCCAACUGAUCUGGGGCCACACUAUCUUCGACUACUACAGUCUGUCGCGAGAGGUCACAUCACGCCGCAACAGGUACAAGAGAUGUUUAUCAGCGGCUCUAUACAUUCUCCGCUAUCAUCGUACCUCACCGCGGAGCCACAGGAACUCGAUAGCAACCCAGCCCCACCCAAGUUUAUGGGAGUGAGCAUUCCACGAGGUGAAGUCAGGAGACAGUCUGGCUCGAAUUCUCUCGACCAAAAGUUUCCACUUUCAUGA